CGGUCUUUAUAUGAAACCGACUAACUUCCCACUUCUCCGCAAGAACUCAGAGUCAAUCCGGCAAAAGAUGGAAAUCUGGUUCCUUAUCCUCGUCACCCUCUCCGUCGCUGCCCUCCUCAGAGCCACCCUCAACCUCCUCUUCUCCGCCCCCAACAAGAAGAGCCUCCCGCCGGGCCCCCUUACCUUCCCGGUCGUCGGCAACUUCCUAUGGCUCCGCAAGUCCUUCUCGGACCUCGAGCCCGUCCUCCGCUCCCUCCAUGCCCGCUACGGCCCGAUGGUCACCCUCCACGUGGGCUCCCGACCCAUCGUCUUCGUCGCCUCCCCAGCCCUUGCCCACGAGGCCCUCAUCCACCGCGGCGUCAUCUUUGCCGACCGCCCGCCGCCCUCCGCCACCAUCCGCCUCAUCUCCUCCAACCAGCACAACAUCAACACCUCCUCCUACGGCCCCACCUGGCGCCUCCUCCGCCGGAACCUCACGGCGGAAAUCCUCCAUCCCUCCCGCCUCCGCUCCUAUUCCCACGCUCGGGCGCGGGUCCUCAACAUACUUGGGGCGGGGCUCAAGUCCCAGCCUGGCGGCGUCGUCCGCGUCAUCGACCACUUCCAGUACGCCAUGUUCUGCUUGUUGGUCUUCAUGUGCUUCGGAGACGGGCUCGAGGAGAAGCAGAUUAAGCAGAUCCAGGAGGUUUCACGAAGGGUGAUGGUGAGUCAACGGCACUUCAACGCGCUCGAUUUCUGGCCGCGGCUGAGCAAGCUCAUUCUCCGGAAGCAGUGGAAGGAGUUCUAUGAGCUCUACGAGUGUCGGAAACGCAUUCUCAUCCCACUCAUCGGAGCUCGACUCAAGGCCAAGCAAGAGCAACCGAGCAAAGCCAGGGAGGACGGGAAUGAAAGCGAUGGCGAUUGGAUCGUGCCGUACGUGGACACGCUCCUGGACCUAGAGCUGCCAGAGGAGAAGAGGAAGCUGGAGGAGGCCGAGAUUGUGAGCCUCUCCUGGGAGUUCCUCAACGCCGGCACCGACACAACGUCCACGGCGCUGGAAUGGAUCAUGGCCAACCUGGUCAAGUAUCCAGAACUCCAAGAUAGGCUCUACAAUGAAAUCAAAUCAGUCGUGGGACAAGGGGCGGAUCAAGUGAAGGAGGAGGACCUGCAGAGGAUGGCCUACCUGAAGGCCGUGGUACUGGAGGGGCUGCGCCGCCACCCGCCGGGGCACUUCGUCCUGCCGCACGCGGUAAAGGAGGACGCGGAGCUGGGCGGGUACGCGAUCCCCAAGGACGCAACCAUCAACUUCAUGGUGGCGGAGAUGGGUCGGAACCCAGAAAUCUGGGAGGACCCGAUGGCCUUCAAGCCUGAGAGGUUCUUGAACUCCGGCGGCGGAGGCGAAGACAGCGGGUUCGACAUCACGGGGAGCAGGGAGAUAAAGAUGAUGCCGUUUGGGGUGGGGAGGAGGAUCUGCCCUGCGUCCGGGCUCGCGAUGCUGCACCUGGAGUACUUCGUGGCGAACCUGGUGUGGCAGUUCAAGUGGCGGACGGUGGCCGGCGAGGAGGUGGACCUGUCGGAGAAGCAGGAGUUCACCAUGGUGAUGAAGAACCCUUUAAGGGCCCAGAUUUCUUCCAGGAAUUAGGGCACCUGAAUUUUGGAAAAUUUAUGUCGAUUGUUGCCUUCUAAAUAUAUUCCCAUAAAUGAACGCUUUCCACACA